AUGAAACGCGCCCAAAUCGGCAGAGACCGGCUGGGCCCAGGAGCCAAAUUGGAGAGAGCAAGAACCGGUUCCGCUAGUAUGUGACUGGACUGGGAAAUGACUGGCAGAGCCAAUACUCCGAGAGGUCCACUGGUUGAUGCAUGCGUCAUUGAUGCCAUAUGUAACAAUUUCUGGAUGUUGUUGCCACCCAGAGUGAACAAAGCAACGGCCUCCCAGUGCCCACGAUCCUCGCGUCUCCGCAAACCAUCGCUGUAUGGCUCCCACAGAUCGUCUAAUACGAUUUUCCCCAGAAACAUAAAAAUAUCAAUGACGCCCGUGUAUAGUAGCUCGUCCGUCGGGGCCCGCGGUGUCAGCACCGCACAGACCAACACACAUGAAAACCACCGGAGCUACACGCACAACUACCAUACUGAUCAAAUGCAGGCCCAUUAUAUUUAUCCCAACAUGCGAGCCGCUUUCCAACAAAAAUCAUAGCGUUCAAAACACACAGGAGACAGACGAGGACUUGAAAAAAGUGGUGUUGCCUCUGGGCAAGUUACCAGCCUCUUGGCACAAGCCACGUCAUGUCAAUGGCCAAGUUUCAAUUCAAUUCAUCGGCGCAUUUGCCCGCCAAUACACUAUAUAUAUACCCACCUCGUCAGACUG